AUGCGUCUAACCGGAGUUAUCCUUUUGUCACAACCGGAGAUGAGACCCACAAGAAGGUUCAAGGAAAAGCUCGUGUUCAGUGGCGCGUCGAAUUAUGAUAUAGAGUUCGAAAUUACAAAAGACACGAAAAAGAAUUACUUACUUCUGCCAAGCUUUGUAAAUUUAGCUUUGACUGCAGUGGUGAGAAAGAACGUUGGCAGUGUUGGCUUCUUGCCAAUGGGAACCUUCAAUAAGUCCAUUGGAAUUGGCUCUCAAAAGAUUGUGAAGAUGAACAACAACAGCAGCAACGAUCUCAUGAUGAGUGCUAACUCAUCUCCAUUGAUGAACACAUCUUUCAUGAGUAAUACUAGUAGUAAUAGUAGUUGCAUUACGGGAAUUACUACUGAUAAUGCUAUGUUCUUUGAACAAGAAGAAGAAGAAUACUUCUACACUAGCACUACAACAACAACAGAUGUCAACAACAACAACAAUCUUCUGCCUUACUUCUCUUAUUCGUCGACAAAUGAUUAUUACGGUGAUGAACCCACAAUGUUCUCUACACAGUCCUCAAUGGCGCCACAUGAUGCAUUUAUCAACAUUCCUUCUGGAGAUUAUGAUUUCAACAGCACUACUACUACGCCUACAUGUACUUACCAUUACCCUAAACGCCAGAGAAUCUCUAGCCAACAUCUUUCUAGCACUACUACUACAACUACUACAUUUCAUGCCGAAAAUAGUUUUUCAUUCGUCAACAAUGGUGUUGCAUACAAUCCAAACUCCUCGAAUAACUUCAAUAACCCAAGUGGUUCGCAUUAUGAUUAUCACCUUCCAAAACCUUACUUGUUACCAUCAGCUACUACAAGUAAUGCGGCUAUGCCGGCUGGACAGAAUUAUCCUUGUGGUAACUAUAAUGGGAUGAGCAGUAGUAAUGCAAAGAAAUCGAAGACUGGGUAUUUAUCAUCUCAGAGUGUUGCGGCUAGAGAGAGGAGAAGGAAAAUAAGCGAGAAAACUCAACAGCUUGAGAAGUUGAUUCCUGGUGGAAGCAAAAUGAAUACCGCUGAAAUGUUUCAUGCUGCCUAUAAGUAUAUCAAGUUUCUGCGAGCCCAAAUUGGUGUACUUGAAUUCAUGGGCUCAAUUCAGGAAAAUGACAAGAUGGAUUAUUUAACACCAGUUCUAGAAGUCUUAUUGAGAUCGAUAAAAGUCCAAGAGAUGUUGUAUGUAGAGGAAAUGUGUUUGGUUGCCAAAGAGCUGUUUGAUACCUGUGCAGCCCAAACAUUAAUUAGUUCCUAA